AUGGCCAAGACAAUCCUCGACGCCCUGGCUAGCAGAAACCCUGCUCUCGAGAACCUGGCAAAAGAAGGGCCAAAUACCAUUGGUGACGGCUGGAUUCAUGUGGAAAAUUGGCGGCCGUGGAGAGAGUUCAAUUACAAGAAUCUCUCCUCCAUAUAUGGAGACGUUCUAUCCUUGGCCGGAGACCCCCCGCUGUUGGAGCCCACUUGCAGCUAUGACCGGGAGAUCUGGGACGAGCACAGUCUGGAUAUAUUUCUCUCCAGAUUCAUGCUCCCCGUUGUCAAUUGGGCGCUGGGACAUGCGACCCAAGCCUUGGGCUGGGGUAAUAGGUCCAUCUAUCUUGCCCCCGGAAGCUGGACUGGAUCGUCUGACUGGGGCCUCGUGUCGAAAGGCCAAAUGCCAGAUGGCUAUCAUAAUCUCCUACCAGGCGACACUAAGCUGUCCGUCAAAUGGCGGCCAGAGAUGGAAGAGUCUCGAGACAGGUAUACACGACAUCAAUGGACCUUGCCCAUGUCACAGGUCAAUACGUACGCUGUAAGGUCGGGUUGUCGCCACAGCUUCAUCAUCACCGACCUCCACCUCAUUGUUUUGAGGCUGUCCCGGGAGCCUGUGGCUCACGGCUUAGCUUCGAACCGAUCCCCCAGGCAUUCAACGCAGCUGGGCCACCGGCGGAUUGCCUCGGGGAGCACGGAUAUUUCAUCGCAGCUAGAGGCCAUGUCCAUUGUUGAGUCGUUUGGCGCUGCCUCUUAUGCAAGUAGCAAUCCCGCCAACAGAGAAUACCAGUCUCCGGAAUAUGCCUCUAUCCCUUGGAGUGCCCAAGGCAAAAAGAGGCUCACCGUUAAGAUGGGUCUCUUUUGCCUUUGUCUAAUGGCGGCGGGAGGAGAGGCCAAGAUUGAAACGGCUUAUCCUCCAUUGGAUUCAUGGAGGCCAGAAUCUGAAGGCUUUCGACACAAUGCUUCAGGACAACAUGCAUAUAAUCUGCCCGCUGAUGCCAUAAUAAGUACCCAAGAGCCAGAAUCUCCCGGUACGGGUCAAACGGAAGAAGAGCACGGGGCGGAGUAG